ACUCAGGAGCUUGUCUUGUAACUUCCAGAUCAUGACACCUGUUUCCUUGAGGAGGACGCUUUGAUCCUGUGGAGCUAGCUGCUUUCCUGAUGAUCAGCAAGCUUCAGAAAACCCAAAACUUCAGGGGAGAUGCGGAAAUUCCAGUUGUUGGGCACGAUCUGCCUCAGUUAGCCAGAAAGGCGGGUCCCCGUUCCCUUCCUGCUCAGGCUGCAGAGUCAAGGUCCCCAGCCCCUUCGUUCCUCAGACCCAGGAUUCUGAAACCCCAGCUCCCUCCUUCCUCAGGCCAAACAGUCUGGGCCCUCUAGCUGCUUUCACCCAGGUCCCAGUUCAUCAGAUUUCUAUCCCCCUGGUGCCUCACAUGGUGGAGGCCAGGCCCCCAGCUGGAAGGACCCCCGAUUGCAUCAUCUGUCCAGGUUGACCUGGACACCGUGGAAUCCUAGCAUCUGCCAAGUGGGUCAAAUAUCACGGGUCAGGCGUCGGGAAGGUGAUGGGGCGGGUCUGUCUGGAUAUAAAUUCCGGAGCGUCUGCAUCCAUCCCAAGAGAUCUGGGUGUCCUGUCAGCUGUGAGUCCAUGUGCAAGGGGGCCCAGGCUACUGAAGCAGCCAUCUGAGAACCUGCUCUCCUGGGCAACCGGACUCCGAAACAGGAUCUAGACCAUUCGGCUCUUCAAACCCCAGACCCCAGACCCCAGACCCCACCUGAGGACGUGAACCACUGAUGGGCUGGGACGAGGCCAAGUUCAAGCACUUGGGACUGUGGGUCCCUGUGCUGGCUGUCCUCCUGCUAGGAACCUGCCGGGCGCAUCCCAUUCCAGACUCCAGCCCCCUCCUCCAGUUUGGGGGCCAAGUCCGCCAGCGGUACCUCUACACGGAUGAUGCCCAGGAGACAGAGGCCCACCUGGAGAUCAGGGCCGAUGGCACAGUGGUGGGGGCGGCCCGCCAGAGUCCCGAAAGUCUCUUGGAGCUGAAAGCCCUGAAGCCAGGCGUCAUUCAGAUCUUUGGAGUUAAAACAUCCAGGUUCCUGUGCCAGGGGCCAGAUGGGAAGCUGUACGGAUCGCUGCACUUUGACCCCAAAGCCUGCAGCUUCCGGGAGCUGCUUCUUGAAGAUGGGUACAAUGUCUACCAGUCGGAGACCCUGGGCCUUCCACUCCGCCUGCCCCCGCAGCGCUCAUCCAACCGGGACCCGGCCCCGCGGGGACCUGCUCGCUUCCUGCCGCUGCCAGGCCUGCCCCCGGCGCCCCCGGAUCCUCCAGGGAUCUUGGCCCCCGAGCCUCCCGACGUGGGCUCCUCGGAUCCCCUGAGUAUGGUGGGACCCUCGUAUGGCCGAAGCCCCAGCUACACUUCUUGAAGACGUCCGCUGUGCAGUACUGGGUCUCCUCUUUAUUUAUUGCAUUUUUUAUCUUAUUUAUUUUUUUUAUUUUUCUUACUUGAGAUAAUAAAGAGUCUGAG